AUGGGGCAGCAAUAUCGCCGACAUGAGUUAUGGGGCGGCUAUAACGCCGAAAGGAGGGGCAGUGAUGGUCAAAGAGUAGUAACAACACCGAAAGGAGGGAAAGUGAUGGCGAAGGGGCGAAAAACGCCGACAAUGGGUGUUAAAAACGCCGACAGGAGGGGAAGUAACGGCGAAGGGGCGAAAAAACGCCGACAAUGGGUGGUAAAAACGUCGAUAGGAGGGGGAGUAACGGCGAAUGGGCGGAAACUACGCCGAAAAUGGGUUGCAAAAACGCCGACAGGAGGGGAAGAAUCUGGAAAGGAGUUGAUGUGCCGUCACUGCGGAAAGUCGUAUAAAGGCAGAUCUGGGCUUUAUCAGCACGAGAAAAGCCAUGACGGAAAGGCGCCGUAUAGAUGCUGUGGAAAGCUUUUCUACAGCAAGUCGAAAGUUCAGAGGCACAGGGCUUCGGUACACGAUGGUCCCAAGUUGUUUUGCUGUGACACAUGUGGUCACAAAUUUGCCACUAACAGUGACCUGAAUCAGCACAAGGUCCAUCAUAGUGAACCAAAGUGGAAAUGUAACGAUUGUACCAAGACGUUUCGGUUGAAGUCGGCCCUAAUGGACCAUCUCUCCGCUCAUACGGGUGUAAAGAAACACCAAUGCACGUGUGGAAAAGCCUAUACAUACAGUCAGGGUUUAAGUAACCACAAGGCAAAGUGCCCUGUAGCAAAUCCAAAAAAAUAA